AUCAUCAAUAAUGUCUUUCUCGCUGUAUUAUCCGGACAGUAACAGUCUGAUUCUGGCUUACGGCGCCUCUUAGUGGUGACGGAAAGUACUACGUGAUGACGCUCUCAUCCUGCGCUACCUACGCAUCAUUCCGUAGCUACGUAAACACGUGCACUUCACUGCUUCCAGGUUUCUGCCUUUUUCCCCACUCCACCGUCAUCCUCGCGCUCUUGCAUCACUCCUUGACAGCAGCAGAGAUGGCGGAGCCCGUAGCAUCGGAUGCAGUGGCCGCAACGGACGAUACAGCGACGGCAGCAUCACCCGCACCGGGCCUCUCUCCCGCGGCUAGCCCGGGCUCGGAGCCUCCAUCCAUGGCUCUGUCUCCAACCGCGGACGGCUCCCAGCGGUUGCUCUUCUCCCACGACCUGGUCUCCGGACGGUACCGCGGCUCAGUCCGGUUUGGCCUCGUACGGAUGAUCCACGGUGAGGAGGAUUUCAAUUCAGACUCGGACCUCGACGAUGGCGGAGGGAGAGGCGGAGGUGGUGGCGGGGAUCGGGGUGGUGGUGGCGGGGGAGGAGGAGGUGGAGGACGAGUCCCCUGUGGUUCGGACACUGAGAGCGCGGUGGACUCUCCCAGUCGCCCUCUUGGCAGGGGAUUUGUCCGCGUCCAGUGGUACCCUGAUGGAGGAAAGCAAGACAUCAGGGAGACAAAGCUGAAACUUGAAGAUCGGUCUAUCGUCAUCAGAGACAUCGUACGACGGAAUAAUUCCAACGACAACCAGUGUGGCAUCGUGACCAACAUCGACAUCGAGUGUGCGGUGAAGCUGGUGGGAACAAACUGUGUGUUGUAUCCAGUCAACAGCAGAGACCUGCAGCACAUCUGGUCUUUCAUGUACGGCGACUACAUCGCCUACGACUUCUGGCUGGGGAAAGUGUACGACCUGACCAAUCACAUCAUCCUCCAGCUUUCCAACGGAGCCAGAUGCUCCAUGAGUGUGGAAGACGGUGCCAAGCUUUACGACGUCUGUCCACAUGUCAGUGACUCGGGUUUGUUCUUCGAUGAGGCGUAUGGCUUUUACCCAGGCCAGGUCCUGAUUGGCCCCGCUAAAGUCUUCUCCAACGUACAGUGGCUGUCGGGGGUCAAACCUGUCCUCAGCAGGAAGUGCAAGUUCAGGGUGGUGGUGGAGGAGGUGAAGGUGGUGGAGCUGAAAGUAACGUGGAUCACAAAGAGCUACUCCCCCAAAGGCUCUGACAGCGUCUAUCCACCUCCAUCCACCAUCACACAGGAAAACCUCUGCAGAGUGAGGCGUCUGGGCUACUACGACCACACCCAGAGGCAGCUAGGGGAGAGGGCGCUUUACGUUUUCCCCGCCAAAGGUGAUGCCACACGCAUCACCUGCGAAGGACCCGAGGGUGCCCCAGUUCUGCCAGAGGACCCCGUUGCCAGAAAGCUAAAAAGGAUGUUUAAGAAGGAUUCUGGGAAGAAGACGGAUAAUGUCGACUCACAAGCCGAGCACAAAUCUGAGCAGACGGACUCGUCUCAUCCCAACAACAACGGCCCCGUGAUGCCGCCCGAGUCCCAGAACACCAACGACACCACAGCCGAACAGCCGGAGCAGGACGCCGAUGACGAGGCUGCAGAGGACACAGACGACACUAGCUCUCUGACGUCGUCUGCAAGUUCCACCGCCUCCUCCCAGAGCGGCGGCCUGGGAACCAAUCGCAAGAAGAGCAUCCCACUCUCCAUCCGCAACCUGAAGAGAAAACACAAGAAGAAGAGGACAAAGUUCUCCCGCGAGUUUAAGCCUGGAGACCGGGUGGCAGUGGAAGUUGUUUCCACAAAGACCAUCGCUGAUGUGAUGUGGAAGGACGGGUGGGUGGAGAAGGGGAUCAGAUCGAACGACCUCAUUCCCAUUCAGCACCUUGACAGCCAUGAGUUUUGCCCCGGGGACUUCGUGGUAGACAAACGACCCCAAGCCCUGCAGGACCCUGGAGUGUACGGGGUCAUCCAGUCGGGCGAUCACAAGGGUAGAACAUGUGUCGUCAGGUGGAUCGAACUCAACUCUACUGGUGAUGAUGUGAAGGUUAUCGGAGUGGAGGAGGAUGUCAGCGUGUACGACAUUGCAGAUCAUCCAGAUUUCCACUUCCGCACCACAGACAUCGUCAUCAGAAUAUGGAACUCAGAGAACGGACACAAUGACUGUGAAAAUGAGACAUCAGUCGGCCAGGUGUCCAGGGUGGAUGUCAGCAGCAAAGUGGAAGUUGUGUGGGCAGACAACUCCAAGACCAUCGUCCUUCCACAGCAUCUCUACAACGUGGAGUCUGAGAUCGAGGAGACGGACUACGACUCUGUGGAGGAGACCAGUAGCGUCCUGUCCACCGAGGAGUGGGAGGACGAGAGCGACAGCUGGGAGACGGACAACGGCCUGACCACUGAGGACGACAGCCACGUUAACAAUGCAGAUGCCACCGACACGGCGACGCCCACCCCUACACCCACGGGCUCCAUGGCGUUUAUCAUCCCCCCAAAAGAGGGCAGCAAGGCCGGCAUCACCAGCCCCACCAAAGGGGUCCCUGGAGAGGAGGGAGAAGCAUCAGUGGCUGUGGCCAGUCCUGCUUCUGGAGGAGGAACCACUCCAGGAGGAGCAGUCAACGGAGCAGAGAAGCCCAGCAAGGACAGCACCUCGCGAGGCUUCAGGGAGCUGAGAGAGGCUCUGAAGAUCCUGGAGAGCCUAAAGAAUAUGACGGUCGAGCAGCUGUGGACAGGCGGCUCACCAACCUCCCCAACCUCCGCAGAACCCGCCUCCACGGCCAACGUGGCGAGCUCGGUGACGCCGGCAGCCCCUGAGAAACCCACCAAGGAAAAACGCUUCCUGGAUGACAUCAAGAAGCUGCAGGAGAACCUGAGGAAGACGCUGGACAACGUGGCCAUCGUGGAGGAAGAAAAGAUGGAGGCUGUGGUGGAGGCUGUAGGGAGUGGAGGGGCAGGCACAGAGGCAGAAAGAGCUGGAGAGGAGAAGGCCCAGCAGGAGCCGCAGACCCCAGUGGGGGGGCCAGAGUGGCCCAGUGAGUUCCUCAGUGACACACCAGUACUGUGCCAACAGAGUGGAGGGAAACCUGGAGUGACUUUUACCAGUGCCAAGGGGGAGGUGUUCUCAGUGCUGGAGUGGGCACCAGACACUCACUCAUUCAUGAAAAUGGAGUUUCAGCCAGCGGAGGCGAAGAAGUUUUUCAGCACAGUGAGGAAGGAAAUGGCUCUGCUGGCAACGUCGCUGCCUGAUGGCAUCAUGGUCAAAACCUUCGAAGACCGCAUGGACCUUUUUUCAGCUUUGAUCAAAGGACCAACUCGAACGCCGUACGAGGACGGUCUGUUCCUGUUCGACAUCCAGCUGCCGAACAUCUACCCGGCCGUGCCGCCUCUCUUCCGCUACCUGUCCCAGUGCAGCGGCCGCCUCAAUCCCAACCUCUACGACAACGGGAAGGUCUGCGUCAGCCUGCUGGGCACCUGGAUCGGAAAGGGCACCGAGAGAUGGACCAGCAAGUCGAGCCUGCUGCAAGUCCUCAUCUCCAUCCAAGGCCUGAUCCUGGUCAACGAGCCGUAUUAUAAUGAGGCUGGCUUCGACAGUGACCGAGGUCUGCAGGAGGGAUACGAGAACAGUCGCUGCUACAACGAGAUGGCUCUCAUCAAGAUGGUGCAGUCCAUGACGCAGCUCCUCCAGAAUCCUGUUGAGGUCUUCAAGCAGGAGAUCCAGGAGCACUUCAUUUCCAGCGGCUGGCGAUUAGUCCACCGCUUGGAGGCGUGGCUCGACCUGAACGAGGCUGCGGAGAGAGGCCAUGCUGCUCUCUCGUCCUCCAGGAGCCACCACUUAAGGGACAGAGCCCCCCCCGCGGAGCUGCUGGAUGAGCACCCGGCCGGGGGACUGGGUCUCGUGGCUGUGGCCCACAACAGUCCCAGUAAGCCUGGGGAGAAGGCGAGCACAGGAGGAGUCAGCAGCAUCAUAGAGGAGGAGCUGGAGGAUUCAGGGUUGAGUCCUUCCACUAGUUCUCAACAAGAGAUGAGCCAGAACUCAGACUGCGACCUCACCAAGGGGAGCGGCUCUACGGGCCCCGGCUCUGUAGUCCGCAGCGGGACCUCAGAACCAGGUCCUAGCACCACCGGAGGAGGUGGGGUCAUCUCUUCAGGAAGCCAGCCGGUGGUCCGACCAAAGAAAAGGCGGAAGAGCUACCGGAGUUUCCUCCCAGAGGGCAGCGGCUACCCGGACAUCGGCUUCCCGCUCUUCCCGCUCUCCAAAGGCUUUGUGAAGAGCGUUCGAGGCGUGCUGCUGCAGUACCGAGCAGCGCUGGCCGCCGCCGCCAUCCCCGAGCACAUAGAGGACAAUGACCCCUCAGAUGAGUGUGAUGGAUAAAAGAGGGGUGGACAAACCUGCUGGAGCCACAUACAGUACAUAAAAAAGAAACUUCAUCCUUCCAUGAAAGCAGGUAAAAACUGAGCUUUUUACUGGAGUGGCUCAGUUUCAAGAGAAGUUUGACUUUACCGGAGGCUUGAAUGCAAAAAAAAGGGACUGAAUGAGAUGAAAAAUCAGUGCCAUGAACCUUCCUCCGCCACCUUCGUCAUCAACUGCAGGACCGGCCAGGUAGCCGCUCUGCUGCCUGAUGGGUGGAACGCGGACGUUAGCUGGUCUGGAGGCUGGAUCAAACUGCAGCUAUCUGUAGCACUUCUGAUGUUAUCACUGUACCAUCCUGCACUAGAACAAACCAACCGAGGGACAAUCCGGGCGUAGAAAUGCUCACUGAGAGGACCUUUUAGAAGUAGGAGUCACUGGUCGUACGGUCUUCUGCCAAAUUCUCUCACAUUCACAGCAGAACAGGCUGAAUGUCGGUAAAACUGCCAGCGACCGCUUCACCACUUCUUCCUCUACACAGUUUACAUGCAGGUCACCUCUGGAUCGUCGUCGCGGCUGUUUGGUUUAAGACGGUUUAAACGGGAAGGAGUCGGUGCCUCUUCAUGCAAAAGUGGGAACUCUGCUUUGUUUGGUGUUUUGAGGCGUUUUUUUGUUUUUUAUAUAUAUACUGAUGGAGGCUGAAAUGGUUUCAGUCUGAAGCUUUACCCAUCAUGCUCCACUCCUCUGUGAAGGAGGUGAACCCACAUCACUGCACAUGACACUGUUUAAAUAGAAAAAUGAACUGUCGGCAUCCAUUCCAUCAUCUCACGUUAACAUGUUGCCUUACUUGAAUCGUUCUUGAUGAUCUCAGACCGUCGUGUACAGACACACAACCACUAACAUCCUGCUUCGGUCAGUGUUUUCCCUCCUCGCUUCCGCUGCUUUCCCUGGUGUCUGUUCAUUUUUCCCUUUCCAGAUGCGACGCAGGAGGUUUCUUGGAAGCAGCAUUGUUCUAAUUAUUAUUAUUUCAUGUUUUCCUGGUUAAACUUACAGAGAAAAUGACACUAAUUACAGCACAAAGAAAAAACUUUUUUCCCCUCUUUAUCCUGCAUAUAUCGUGUGGAAAAAAAGAAUAAAUCAGGGUUUAAUGAUUUAAUGAUUUACUUAUUUACGGUAAACCUGCUGUUUUGCUUUAGAUUGUAUCAUGAAACUCAGAUUUUGGUCCAGUUGUGCUUCCUAAGGGAAAAUCCACACUUUGUUUACAUAAAGAUGAUAACAGAUCACACCCCAGCCCAGACGUCUGGUGUUUUACUUGAAUAAAGAAAUUUGAAGCUGACAAGCAUCUCUGGAUGAGAGCACGUCGUGCCAUUGUGGACGAACGAGUCAGGAGCUGCUGCAUUUUAAGAGACUUAAAAAAAAAACAAGAUUAAUUUGAAUCGAGUGAAUUUUGUUUUGCAUCGUCUUCCAUUCGUUCCUCUGCAGCCCUUUAAAAAAGCGGCAUUCCGACACCAGAUCUGUCCUCCCCUCUGGGGUUUUAUCGAGUCAUUGUUUUGCUGCCUUUAACGCUGGUGGAGGAUGGAAGUGUUGCUUGUUUGCUUUUUCUUUGCUUCCUUAUUGCUGCUGUUUGUAAGAAGUCCCAGUUGUCUGAGGAGCUCGUUUUCCUCCUCUUCACCCGAAGAUGGCGUGAAAAGGAGGAAAGCUCAGCUCUGAAAAGAUCUGAGGCUUCGCUCCUUCGUUUUUCGGCUUCCUCUUCCUCCUGUACACUGACAUAAAGCGGAAAAUGUGAAGCUAAAAGUACAUGAAAGCCCAUGAUGCUAUGUACAAUUUUUCUGUGUAUGUUCUUCAGAUACAAACCACGAUUAUUACUGCAAGAUGUUUGUUUUACAGCCAAAGCAUGUAACAUGUUGCUUUAAGCCUCGUAAAUGGGCUACACACAAGACUUGACUGUAUGAUGUCUACAUUUCCACAGUGGCCUGUUACUGAGAUAUUGUUUAAAAAGAACUAAUAAAGUUAUAAUUUGUAGCCUGAUUCCCUCUGUACAGACAUCAUGAGUAUAUUAAAAUAAGUACAUACAGUAUAUAUUUAACACAAACUUGAGUUCCAACAAGUCACAUGGAUGCUUGGGGCAUAAAUGUACAAAAUGCUGAGUGUGUAUUGUAUUCAGAUUUCAUCUUUUCUUUUUCUUUAUUUUUUUUAAUGAUUUAUUUUUGUUGCUUUAAAACAAAUGUAGUGAUGUAUUAAACUUUGCAAGCAGUACCAUAGAAACAUGGUGGCCUUGUGUUUGAAUCUGUGUCAACUAGAAACCCAAAAACUGAUCAAACUGUAAAUAUGUGAAGUUUACAGAUGGUUAGUAGUUUUUCCCUCUUUUAUAAAAAUGAAAUGAUAUAUUUGAAUGGAAUCAACUCCACUGUAGUGGAAAGAUCUGCAGGGAUGGAUGAGCUUUGUGCUGCGAGGCGGAGGAACACCUGCUGGUUUUGGUCAUUUUCUGGAAUUUGUUGACAACAUGAAAGAUGUGAAGCCAGAAAGUUAUCGAUUGUUGUUU